CUCCUCCAUUCCCAUAAUCCUAUAUCCAUAGCUUGCCAACAAAGAAAAGCACAUCUUAACACAAUCAAAACCUCCGUUUCAACAAAAACCCAUUUCACCAAAACAAAACAGAACCCUCAUAAAAGCGAAAACCCAGAAGAUUCCAGAGCCCGGAAGAAGAGAAGAAUGAAGCUAAUUUGGUCCCCUGAAACAGCCACUAAAGCCUACAUCGACACCGUUCGAUCUUGCCAAGUUUUUAAUGAAUCCGGGGUAGCAGAGCUUGUUUCAGCCAUGGCAGCAGGCUGGAAUGCUAAGUUGAUAGUCGAGACAUGGUCACAAGGAGGAGCCAUUGCCACCAGCAUUGGCCUCGAAAUCGCCAGCCGGCACACCUGCGGACGACACGUGUGUGUAGUCGCGGACGAGAACGCAAGGUCAGAGUUCAUCACAGCCAUGAAAGAAGCAGCAGACAUGAACCCAGAAGUGCUUGUAGGUGAGCCAGAGGAGGUCAUGUCUGAGCUUGCGGGAAUAGAUUUCAUGGUUGUGGAUUGCAAGCGUAAAGACUACGCUAGGGUUCUAAGGCAGGCGAGGUUGAAUCAGAGUGGUGCGGUUUUGGUUUGCAAGAAUGCCAAUUCAAAAAGCGAUUCUAGUUUCAGAUGGAGGAGUGUCAUUGAUUCUGGAUCAAGAAAGGUGGUUCGGACUGUGUUCUUGCCUGUAGGAAAAGGUUUAGAUAUGGCUCAUGUAUCCUGCAGUGGAGGGAAUUCGGGGUCAAGCAAGGUAGAGAAGAAGAGAUGGAUCAAACAUUUCGAUCAACGAUCUGGGGAGGAACAUGUUAUCAGAAAGUAAAAUAUAUAUUUUUUCUUUUUUUUUAAUUAUUACAAAAGUUUGGGUGAGAGCUUAGUUAUGCUACACCACCAUCAGCAGGGCACGCCUGCAACCUCAACCUGAAGGACUAAUAGUGACACGUACCUGUCACUAAAAUAUAUCUUUGAGGGAUAGAAUUCCUUUUUUUCUUUAGUUUGAUGAUACAAUGUACAUAAACUUGUCUUUGUACCAUACAGAGUUUUUUCCCAAGGACUUGUAUAUAAUUCUCUUAUAGAAAUGAAUCAGAAAUCUCUCAUCAUUCUCCAAAA